AUGGCACCACCGUCCUCCGCCGUAACUGCCCGGCGGCCACGGAGGUUCAAACCCCUCACGUGCAUCGCAAUAUUCUUGCUGGGUGUGAUUGUGGUGGUGGGCCUAGCCAUCCUCAUCGCCUGGCUGGUGAUACGGCCACGGCGGCUGGUUUACGCCGUCGAGAACGCCACCAUUCAGAACUACACCCUGACGUCCAACAACCGCCUCACCGCCACCUUCAACUUCACCCUGGAAGCCUUCAACCCCAACACCCACGCCGCCGUUUACUACGACGCCAUAGAGGCGCAGCUCUUUUACGACGACCAGCUGAUCGCCGACCACGGCGCCGACCCGUUUCUCCAGCCGCACCGGAACGUGACCCACCUCGACUUGUCCCUCCCGGCGAAAGACGUGGCCGUGAACGCGAACGUGGCGAGGGAUUUCAAGGUGGAGAGGACCAACGGGAACGUGGAGCUGGAGCUCCGGGUGUAUUCGAAGGUGAGGUUGAAGGUCGGAGUUUGGAAGUCCGGUCACCGGAAACUUAAGGUCAUUUGUAGUCUGGUGGUUUUCUUCUCUUCCAAGGGGUUUGAUAAUAGCUAUUGCGACGUUUACAUGUGA